AUGUCGACCCAUCUUUCACCCACCGCUUUCAAUGCUGGCCAGGUGUCUCCAUCCCUUUCAAUGAUCCUAUCACGUCAAGGCACCCCAACCAAGACGAUCAGAACAUCCGACCUCAAGGAAUCCAGCUACAAUUUCUCGAAUGGUGAUGACAAUGUGAAUCAUGCCCAAAGCUGGCAGACGACCGUUUGGCUCUCAAAUCCGGAGACGUAUGAUUGCUGCAUGAGACGCAGAGAGAAUGGAGACGAAGUCGACAUAAAUCAGCUCUUUGCACGAUUGCGAGAAGUGGGUCUGGAUCAGAACCAAAGGAGCAGUGGUACAAUGUCACAAAAGACGACAUGUACAAGUGCUGAGGGUAUACCCUCUUCAUUAUAUCUGUCCUCUUUUAACUUUUUCUCAGGCUCCACCUUGCCGGUCGGAGAAUCUUCAAGUAAGCCAUUACGAGCGGUCGCUGGAAUCACUUUGGACAUGGACUUUGAUGGCAAAUUAGAUUAA